CAUUUAACUCAGGAUCAGUCGGUACGAUAGGCAAAUAGCGCAUAGUAAACAAUCCGGUUAUUCAUUCUGUUCAUGUGGAUGUGUUGCAGAAAAAUUCUAGGAAUAUUUAAUAAACUCGGAGAAGGGUAAGGUACCGACUAAUAAAAAUGGACGCCACCUUACGCGUUGGAAUUUUGACAGUGAGCGACCGCUGCUCUGCUGGAGAAGCAAAGGAUGUGAGUGGAGACACGCUGUCCGCUUACAUACAAUCUCACUGGCCUCAGGGUAAGGUCACAGUGAGGGACUGCAUUCCGGAUGAAAAGGCCCAAAUCACGAAUGUGCUCAUGGACUGGACAGAUCAAGAGCGUCUUGAUAUAAUUUUUACCACUGGUGGAACCGGAUUUUCUCCCCGAGAUGUGACCCCUGAAGCUACAAAAGCCGUUUUGGACAAAGCAGCUCCAGGUUUAGUUGUAGCCAUGAUUCAAGGCUCAAUGCAGUCUACUCCGAUGGCUAUGUUAUCCAGACCCGUAUGUGGAGUACGUAAUCGUACCCUGAUUAUUAACUUGCCAGGAAGUGUCAAGGGCUGCGUAGAAAAUUUCAUGAUUGUUGAGAAGCAACUCAAACAUGCUGUCGACUUACUACGUGAUGCGAAAGGAAAUAUCGAAAACGUGCAUUCCCAGAUUCAGAAACCUUUGAAAUUAAAGACAAAAGUAAAUGCCAUCAAUGUGGCGGACCGAGCAAGAAGAUCUCCAUUUGAAACAAUUCAAGUGGAAAUAGCUCAGAAUAUUGUCAUUACCCAAUGUGGAGAUGAAUAUUUGACCGAGACUCGUACUUUAAGAAAUGCUUUGGGAUUUGUUAUCGCGGAAGAUGUCGACGCCAAGGACCCUCUUCCACCAUUUCCCGCAUCGAUCAAGGACGGUUAUGCUGUGAAAGUGGGUCCCCAACUUAAAGAGGGUUCCCUCCUCAAUGUGACAGGUGAUUCCACUGCUGGAGAAAGUCCAGAAAAAUGUCAGGUCGACACCAACUUUUCUGUUCGCAUUUCCACUGGAGCUCCAGUUCCAUCGGGGGCGGAUGCAGUCAUACAAAUUGAAGACACGGAAUUGGUAGAAAAAACGGAGGAUGGAAAUGAUGAAAAAGUUAUAAGAAUUUUAAAGACACCAAUUGUCAAGCAAGAUAUUAGAGCAAUUGGAAGUGAUAUCCAAAGUGGAGAAAGGGUUUUGCAAAAGGGGACAAGGUUAGGCCCCACAGAGUUGGGAAUUCUAGCCACUGUGGGUAUCACUCAAUUUAAGGUGUUCAAGAAGCCAAUAGUUGCCCUGAUUUCAACAGGAAAUGAACUUCAAAGUCCAAACGAUGCUAUAUUGAUCAAGGGGAAAAUUCGUGACAGCAAUAAGACGACAUUGGCAUCUUUAAUGGCUCAGGAAGGAUUUCAGACCAAGGAUGUUGGCAUUGCUAAAGAUUCACCCCAAGAACUGCUAGAUACCCUUUGUGCUGGGUUUUCAGUUGCAGACAUUAUCGUAUGCACUGGUGGUGUGUCGAUGGGAGAAAAAGAUUACCUCAAACGAGUUUUGAAAACAGAUCUGGACGCAGACAUCCAUUUUGGAAGUUUGCUCAUGAAACCGGGGAAACCCACAACGUUUGCAACGUGCAUGUACCAAGAACGGAAAAAGUAUAUUUUUGCUCUCCCCGGAAAUCCUGUGAGCGCUACCGUAUCCUCUUACUUGUUCGUGGUACCUGCAUGUCGCAAGCUUUCAGGAUGGAGCCAUCCAUUUCACCCAAAAAUUAAAGUCCAGGCCGAGAAACAGCUUAAAGUUGAUCCAACUCGGCCAGAAUAUCACCGAGUUACGGUGUCAUGGUCAACUUCAUGUGGAAUUCCAGUCGCCCAAAGCACCGGAAAUCAGAUUAGCAGUCGACUUCUCAGUUUCAAUCGUGCCGAUGCACUUCUUAUGCUUCCGCAGGGCAGUGAUUCUAAAAAAGUUGUAGAAUCGGGGGAAUUUUUGGAGGCAAUCCUUUUAUCUGCAUAAUGUGCAAUUAUGUUGUAGAAUAUAUUUUAUAAAUGCUCAAUUUGUAAUAAGUAUAUUUGCAAUCAUGGAUAGUAAACGUGGCAUUUGCACAAAGAAUAUA